GUGAGGGUAAAAACUUAGAAGUCGCAUUUGUUGUUUUAAUUGUGGUUAUUAUGACAGUUUUUAUCAUGCUCGAUAACAUAAAACCUGUCACAGCUAUGAACAGGCGCGUAACCGUUUGUUAGCUGAACACAACCGUUUCCGUAAACGUCACAUUGGCGGGAAGUAGUAGCUAGUUUGUUAAAUACGGCAUAACCGGCAUUUUAAAGAAAUAUUUUACUUUUAUCCAGACAGCAGCCAAAGUUACCGACUGAACUAUCCUAAAUAUAAAACAGUCGUUGCGUGUAGCUAAAGCUCAGAUGUCUACUUCAUCUGUGUCCAAGGGCUGCUUUGUGUUCAAGCCAAGUGCUAAGAAGAAAAAGACGCUCAGUUUAGAGGAUCAUUUUAGCCAUGGCUGUGAAGCUGCUGACAACAGUGACCUGCGAUUCAAGCUUUGUCAGGAUCUGUGGGACAAAAUCAAAACAAACACGGAGGUUUUGCAGGAUGAGCUCAACAGGAACAUCUUGGACAGCUUGCUCAACUUCACGAGGAAGUGCUCUUCCACUCGCCUACACAGUGACUGGGCAUCACAGAUGAGGGCGAGUGAGAUUCCCACUGCGGCGCUUGUGCUCGGUGUGAAUGUCCCAGAUCAUGACAUGACCUUUCAGAGUCUGUCUGAGCUGCUUCAGCAGUCUGUCACUCCUCAUGUGGCCUCUGUACAGGCCAAAGAGUGCGGAGCACUGAAGCAUUUGAUGAAGAGGGUCCUGGAGAGGUUAAUGGACACUGUUGUGAGUGUGGACGAUGAGGAAGAGGAGGAGGCUGAGCCGACCAGUGCUCAGCUUCACAAGAGUGUGCACUGCUCCCUCAGUACACUCUGUGAUUGGUACAAUACCAAAACAAAGAAAUCUGGUACUCCUGGAAAAAAGCGUAGCUCCUCUGAUGGAGAUGAUCUCCAGCAGCCUCCCGUUGUGAUUAUUUUCAAAGAUUUGGAGGCUUUCAACCCACGAGUUCUUCAGGACUUCAUACUCAUCUGCAGCCGGUACAUCGAACGUCUUCCGCUGAUGUUCAUCUUUGGUAUCGCCACAUCACCCAGCACCAUCCAACACAUGCUGCCCCACUCUGUGUCCUCCCUGCUGUGUAUAGAGCUCUUCCAGUCCCUCUCCUGUACACAGCACCUGGCCACAGUCAUAGACAAGUUGAUCCUGACAUCUCAGUUCCCUUUCAAGCUCAACGGUAAAGUGAUGCAGGUGCUGAUCAGCAUCUUCCUCUACCACGACUUCUCAGUGAGGAACUUCAUCAAAGGCAUUCAGCUGGCCCUGCUGGAGCACUUUCACAGUCAGCCUCUCAGCGUACUGUGCUGUAAGAAGAAGGAGGCUCAGCUUAAUGUGAUGCAGCUCAGUCACCUCGACUUGGAGAGGAUGAGGCAGCUGCCGUCGUUCAAAAGGUAUGCAGAGAAGCAAGAAGCUCAGGAACAAGUGAAUCUGUUCACAGAUGACGCUCAUUUAAAGGAGGUGUGUCAGAGGCUGAUAAAAGACCUUCACAAAUACCACAAGUGCUAUUAUCCCGUCCUGAGGUGUCUCCACACUCUGACAUCAUCGUUACCUCGUUACCCCCUCGGAAAACAGAUACGAGAGCUCCAUUUAAUAUGUCUUGAGAAGAAUGUAUGGGAGAACGAGGAUUAUCAGUCAGCCAUGAAACUCGUGAAGAUGCUGGCUAAAGACGAGCUCAUCGCUUUGCUACAGAAGUGUGUGGAGAUUCUGCAGGCUGCCAAAGCAAAGAAAAUGAAGAGCGCUCUUGUCCAGCUGGAGGAUAUGCUCGCCAAAUUUAAGCAGUUGGACAUAGCUGCUGAACCUCCCCCCAGCGUGGAAGAGAGUCUCACCUCUCCAGUGAAACAUCUUCAAAAGAAAACCGACCUGUUCCAGCUGCAGAAGACUCUGCUGGAGAUGAACGAGACUCGGAGGUCCAAGAAGCUGAGUCCGUUCGAGGCUCUACGAAACGAAGCUCUCGAGUUUAUCGACAGCUUAGUGAAGAGUCACCUGUCUCCCCCAGAGUCUCAGACACUGUAUGAAGUUUGUUACUACACUUCCUCUGCUACUGUGAGACGCCACCUUAACGCAACACCUCGCACCUCCAUCCAGGCUGCACUCAACAGUCCCUACUAUUAUCUCCAGAACGAAAGCCUAAAGACGGAGGAUGGGACCGUCUCUAACGCUGCUCCUGAUAUCUGCAUUGCAUACAAACUCCAUCUUGAGUGCGGCAGGCUGAUUAACCUUUACGACUGGCUGGAAGCCUAUGCCACUGUUGUCUCUGCGGCUGAGGGUAACAACCCAGAUUCUGACAAUUACGGGAAAGUGGAUGAAGUCAAACACGCUCGUUUCAUCCGAGCUGUGUCUGAGCUCGAAUUUUUGGGCUUCAUAAAGUCCACCAGGCAGAAGACUGACCACGUGGCUCGACUCACCUGGGGAGGCUGCUGACCAAACACUGAGAAGCCACACGCACCUUUUUACAUAUACCUUAUCUGUGGCUGCUGUCGAACCUCAAUUAAGUUCUCAUCCACUCGUAAUGGAUUUACAUUUUGUGUAUUUCCCUCUAAUAAAAUAUAUGGGAGUAGUUUCUGAUAAUCA